AUGUUCCGGCGCCGCUCUUCUUCUGACCUCAAGUUGGUGCCUUUAGGAGACAGAGGAGACACUCGGGGAUCGUUCGAUCCUGUGCUUGUUAAUCUUUUAGCUGCUGAGCUGCAUGCGGAAGCAGCAGACGCAGCAGAAGCAGCAGAUAUUACUUGCAGCACUUUCUGUCCCUUGCAUGCAACAGCAGCAGCAGACGGGCUCCAGUUCAACUGCUUUGCGCAGACACAAAGCCAGCAGCGGCAGCAGCACCAACAACAGCAACGGCAACGGCAGCAGCAGCAGCAGCAGCAGGACACUGCUUGCGAUACGCUGCUGCUGCAGCAGCAGGAGCAUCAGAGCCUCAAGCGCAGUGCCACAGUUCUGCAGCAGUCGCAGCAUCAGCUGCAGCAGCAGCAGCAGCAGCAGGUGAGCUCAUGCCCGACAGAGGAGGAUCUGCUGCAGUCUCGUUUGUCUCUCUCUUGCUGCAGAACACCGGGGGCCGUUGGAGAGGAUGAACCACUGCACAGCAGCAGCAGCAGCAGCAGCAGCAGCGGCAGCAGCAGCAGCGGCAGCAGCAGUACAGAAGAUCUCCUAGGCAUUCACCGCUGCACUGGGGGCUCUUGUCCUGCAAAUGCAGCAGAAGAAGGAGACGCAGAUGCAGCAGCAGCAGCAGCAGCUGCUGCUGCUGCUGCGACAACCAUCGUGGAGGAUGCGCCAUUCAAUUUAGCAAACGGAGACAGUAUUAUCUCAGCAGCGCAGCAAACAGAAAGGAGAUCAGAGGAGGAGACAGAAGAAGAGACAGCAAAUGCUGCAGAGCUGCAGCAGCAGCUACCUCCACAUUCCCUUGGCUUGCUAAAUGCUUCAGCUGUCUCUGCGUCCCUUAGGCACGACCUCCCGCAGCAGCAGCAGCAGCAGCAGCAGCAGAAGCACCAGCAGCAGCAGAAGCACCAGCAGCAGCAGCAGGAACUAACACAUUGCUUACAGUCGCUGCCGCUCCAGCAGCGUACAGACACAGUUCCCCCCCUUCACCAGCAGCAGCAACAGCAGCAGCAGCAGCAGCAGCGGAUUAUCAGCCUCUUGUCAGAUGUAGUUACAGACCAGGAGCUGCAGCAGCAACAGCAGCAGCUGCUGCAGCAUCAGCAGCUGCUGCUGUCCUCUGCUGUAAUGAAGAUGGAACACAGCCAGUGGGGCAUGCAAAGCUGCGCGAAGCAGCAGCAGCAGCAGCAGCAAAAGCAGCAGCAGCAACAGCAGCAACAGCAAAGUUGGAUGUUCCGUGGGACAGUUUCUCCACAGGUAGCUCUGCAGCAGCAGCAACAUGAGCUGCAGCAGCUGCAGCAACGGCUGCAGCAGCAGAUCCAGCAGCAGGAACAGCAUCUUCAGCAGCACAUGCUACACCGCCAGCAUGGGCCUGGCAUGCAUUCUGUCAUACAGCAGCAGCAGCAGCAGCUCCAGUUCCAGUUGCAGCAGCAGCAGUUGCUGCUACAGCAGCAGCUGCAGCAGCAGCAGCAGCUGCUGCAGCAGGUUCUCUAUACUCAGUGCCCACCGAAGCAGCAGCAAAUUGUAAACACACCCGUGGAGGCCUCCGAGCUGCUUGAGGUACCUCAUGUUGAUUGGGCUGUGCUGCAGCGGAGGCGGCAGCAGCAGCGGCAGCAGCAGCAGCAGCAGCAGCAUCAGCACCAGCACCAGCACCAGCAGCACCAGCAGCACCAGCAGCAGCACCAGCAGCAGCAGCAGCACCAAAUGCGGCCUGCUGAUUGGUGUUCUUUAUUUCACUCGCAAGGCGCCACUUCGUCCUUAGGGAUGCAGCAGCUGCAGCAGCAGCAGCAGCAGUUGGUGAUGCCUGCUUCGCAGCAGCAGCGCGCUGGAGAAGUGCAGCAGGAGCGGUGCUCCCCAGCGCAGCAGCAGCAGCAGCAGCAGCAGGAGCUGCUGCUGACCCUUGAGCAGCAGCAAGGCCCCUCCUCGUCUCCUCCAGGCCCUCUUAAGUCUGUUGAGCGGAGCCAGCAGCCGCAGCAGCAGGAGCAGCAGCAGCAGGAUCAGCAGCCGCUACGGCAGCACCGCCGGCAGCAGCAGCAGCAACAACAGCACCACCAGCAACAACAGCAACAACAACAGCAGCAGCAACAACAGCAGCAGCAGCAGAGACGGAAAUCGCUGAGACGACGUGAGGAAGUUCCUGCUGCAGCGCAGGAGCCUCAGGGUCUCAGGAGGCCCCGCAGGCAGGCCUAUCGCUACAGAAGAAUCAGAGAGGAGGUGCUGGAGUCGAUGGAGGAAGACGAAUUAACUGGGCUCGCCUCAGAAGGUUCUGCUACUCAAACUGCUGCUGCUGCUGCUGCUGCUGCUGUCGUCUCCGCUGAUUCGGGCUGUCCUCCUUUAAAGCGCAGCGGAGCAUCAGCAGCAGCAACAGAGCCAGCUGCAGCAGAACCAGCAGAACCAGCAGAACCAUCAAGGCCAGGAGCAACAGCAGCAGCAGCAGCAGCAGCAGAAGCAGAACAGGAGAGGUCUCUGCUGCUGCUGCCCAGGCGCCCUGUGUCUUCUUUUGCAGAAACCAACGCAGCGGGUUCAGCACGCCAGGAGGGUCUUCAAGGAGAGCAGCAGCAAGAGCAGCAGCAAGAGCAGCAGCAAGAGCAGCAGCAGCAGCAGCAGCAAGAGCAGCAGCAAGAGCAAAAACAACGAGAACGCCAGACGCAGAUGCCUGUGCAGCCGAAGCAGGAGGAGGAAAACGAGGAAGAGGAUGAUGAGCAGCAGCAGCAGCAGCAACAGCAGCAGCAGCAGCAGCAGGAUGCAUGUGGAUCUUGGCCUGCAUUGAGUCCGCGGCGUAGCAGCGGCGGUUUGGCCUCUGUAGGCAUCAACAGCAGCAGCAGCAACAACAGCAGCAGCAGCAGCUCCAGCAGCAGCAGCAACAGCAGCAGUAUAAACGAGACAUCAUCAAUGCGGAGGGGGGGGAAGUCUAUCCGUGGGGCCCCACGUGCUACAGUGCAGCAGCUGUAUGGACAGACAUACGAUUUAGAAGCUCUCGCACUCGAGCUGGAUGCAACGCAUAUUGAUGAUAUAGACCCGGGAGGCUUUGAUAGAAACUACUCUCAAGGCAAACGGUUUGCUGUCGGAGACUUAGGCAGAAAACUUCUUCUUGUUGUUGUCAGAGAAAAACUUGAGGCUGGGGCGUGCGGCCAGUUGAAAUUUUUGACUUUGACAGAUCUUUUUCGUUUGGCCUACGAAUUGGGGCUGUGGGAGUUUGCACUUAAAGUUGCUAUGGCUUAUAGAGUAGGGUGUCUCCGAAUCCCUAAGGGGACUGCUUCUGCUGCUGCUGCUGCUGCUGCUGGUAGCAAUAGCAGCAGCAGCAGCAGUGGUGGUGGUGCUGGUGGUGGCAGCGGCGCGGCUACAGCCGGUGCCGUUGCUGCUUUACAGAACAGAGAUAACAGCAACAGCAACAGCAGCAGCAGCAGCAACACCAGCAGUCUCAUUCGCAACAUGCAAACGCGAGCGCCAAGGCAAAGGGGAGAUAGCAGCAGCAGCAGCAGCAACAACAACAGCAGCAGUAGCAGCAACCCUAGCAGCAGCAGCAGCGCUAGCAAUCAAGUACAUAAAACUCUCACAGCCACCGCCUCCGCCACUGCCAGCAUCAACGCAAACAACAACAACAGCUGCAGCAACAGCAGCAACAGCAGCACAAACAGCAGCAACAGCAGCAACACCACCCAGAAACUGCUACACCGAGAAAGAGACACAAAAGAGUUUCUGCAGCGCAGCAGCAAACGAAGAAUCGUCCACUCCCUUUCGCCUACAGACAGCAGCAGCAGCAACACUAACAACAGCAGCAGCAACAGCAGCAGCACCAACGCCAGCACCAUCGCCACCACCAACACAAGCAGUAGCGGCAGCAGCAGCAGCAGCAACAGCAACAGCAGCAGCAGCAGCAGCAGCAGCGCUGAGCCCCCGUGUGAGGAUUCAGUUUAUCUUCACGACAAGGCAGCAGCAAAAAAACAGUCGGGUCCCUGCUGCUCAGUUACUACACCUUCCAGCUAG